AUGUCGGACGAAGAGAAGGAUGUUGGCUUCGAGGUCAAGCCCUCGUCAGCAAGCCAUGCCCAGGAACCAGCAGAAGACCGGCCCAAGACCGGCACCAGCAGUGUGUCAUCCGAUGACGACGAGAUACACCACCACCAAGAUGCGCCGAACAGUGACAAUGGUCCUCAACUCCACCCGAUAUCAUCUCGCGCGUCGGCGCCGCUCUCCCGAAUGCCUACCGUCAUCCCCCGGCGCGAGCGGCGCGGGCUGCUCGCACACCUGUGCCUGAUUCCAGAGGUGUCGAAUCCCUACGAAUACAGCCGCAAGAUCAAAUGGACCCUCACCUUCUUCGUCGCCCUGGCCGCCAUGGCCGCGCCCACGGGUUCGGCCAUCAUCCUGCCCGCCCUCAACGACAUUGCCUCCGAUCUCGGCACCACCGCCACCAUCGCCAACAUGAGCGUUGCCUUCUACAUGCUGGCCAUGGCCAUCUUCCCGCUGUGGUGGAGCUCCUUCUCCGAGACGCUGGGCCGCCGCACCAUCUACCUCAGUUCCUUCGUCCUCUUCAUCCUCUGGGGCAUCCUCUCCGCCGUCGCCAGCAACAUCUCCAUGCUGAUUGUCAUGCGUGUGCUGAGUGGCGGCGCCUCGGCCAGCGUGCAGGCCGUCGGCGGCGGCACCAUCGCCGACAUCUGGGAAGUGAAGGAGCGCGGCCGUGCCAUGGGCAUCUUCUACCUGGGCCCCCUCUGCGGCCCCCUGAUUGCUCCCAUCGUCGGCGGUGCCCUUGCAGAGGGGCUUGGUUGGAGGAGCACUCAGUGGUUCCUCGUCAUCUACGGCGCCGUCGUCUGGCUCUGCAUAUGCUUUUUCCUCCCGGAGACGCUGCGCCGCACGAAGAACGUGGUGGCCGAAGCCGAGAAGGAAGCAGCGAAGGCGACCGCAGCAACACGCACCAACGACGACCCUCUCGCGGGAAGCAACACGACCGAGGAGGUCGAAGCCGCCGCCGCCGGCCUGGAGAAGCCCGCCGCCAACACCGCCCAGCAGCCGUCGCCGCCACUGCAGCGCGUCUCGACACGGCAGAGCGUGCAGCGCACGACGACCAAAUGGCUGCUCGUCCUCCGCCGCUGCUUCCUCGACCCGCUCCGCAUCAUCCUCUACCUCCGCUUCCCCGCCAUCUUCCUCGUCGUCUCGUACGCCACCAUCGCCUUCGCCUGCCUGUACGUCCUCAACAUCAGCAUCGAAACCACCUUCUCGCACCGCCCCUACGCCUUCUCCACCAUCAUCGUCGGCCUCCUCUACAUCCCCAACUCGCUCGGCUACAUGUUCACCUCCCUCUUCGGCGGCCGCUGGCUCGACAGCAUCAUGCGCCGCGAGGCCGCCCGCGCCAACCGCGUCGACCCCGCCACCGGCCGCCUGCAGUUCCGCCCCGAGGACCGCAUGCGCGAGAACGCCUGGCUCGGCGCCGCGCUGUUCCCCGCCGCGCUCGUGUGGUACGGCUGGACGGCCGAGGAAGGCGUCUUUUGGCUGUGCCCCAUGGUGGCGAAUUUCUUCUUCGGCGUCGGCAGCAUGCUCAUCUUCGCCAUGGCGACGACCAUGCUGACGGAGUUUAUGCCCAAGAAGGCGAGCAACGGCAUCGCGCUGAACAACUUUGUCCGCAACAUCUUCAGCUGCGUCGGCAGCGUCGUCGCGCAGCCGCUCAUCGCGGCGAUUGGGAAUGGGUGGCUGUUUACUGGCUUGGCGGUUAUUUCGUUUGUGUGGGGCUGCGCGUGUAUUUGGGCGAUGAAGCGGUUUGGUGAGAGGAUGAGGAAGGGGAUGGAUGGGCAUAAGGCGUUUGCGUGA